AUGCUCAACACGACGCCUAACGCAAUCAAUGGCCAUGGGCAGCACGGACAGGCGCACCUUGUUCCGCCGCAUCACUUAUCGGAGGUCGUGGUCGGCUGCCGCAAGUCGGAGCUAGCACUCGUGCAGGCACGCGCCGUUAUUGUCACACUAACCAGGGCAAUGAGCUGUCCACCCACCUUUAAAAUCGCUACUGGUAGUGCUGUUGGCGAUGUUGAUAAGCAGACGCCUUUCCUCUUGCUCUCUAAGCAACAGGGAGGAUCGGAUGUUGGCAAGAGCCUGUGGACCAACAACCUUGAGAAGAACAUGUUGGCUGGUGAUGUUCAGCUUCUUGUCCACAGUUUGAAAGAUAUGCCCACCACAUUGCUCCCUAAAUGCCUCCUCGCCGCUGUACCCGAGCGCGAAGACCCGACUGACGCCGUCAUCAUGAGGACAGGCUCGCAAUUUACAUCCAUUGACCAGCUGCCUGCUGGUUCUAUAGUCGGAUCAAGCUCCUCCCGCCGGAGGGCCUUGGUUCGGAGGAAUUGGCCUAGUCUCGAGGUCGCGGAAUGCCGAGGCAACGUGGACACUCGGCUCGCCAAGCUCGAUGCGCCCUCAUCGCCAUUUGCAUGCAUUCUUCUGGCCACUGCGGGACUGGCCCGUCUGGGAUUAAAAGACCGCAUCACACAACGACUCGAUCCCCGCAUAUUCCCACCCGCAGUUGGACAGGGGGCCCUCGGCAUCGAGGUGAGCACGGACCGCGAGGACACUGUGCACCUUGUCCGCCAUGCCGACCAUAAGCCGUCGAGAUGGAGGUGCAUGGCCGAAAGAGCAAUGCUACGCAGCCUCCAGGGAGGAUGCUCCUCUCCAAUCGGUGCCUCCUCCUCCUGGGAUCCGACAACCGACAAUAGACUGCGCCUGCAAGCAACUGUGCUUGACAUAGAAGGCACGACCAGCAUCUUCGCUGAAGCAGAAGGCAUUGUCCAAGACGACGAAGCGGCAGAGCAACUAGGCGUUGCCGUCGCAGAUAUAUUGUUCGAGAAGGGGGCCCACCAACUGUUGCGCAAGUAA